AUGGCGAACAGCAGCAGCAAGAAGCCGCGCUGUAGCCGUUGUCGCCCUUCUGCAAAUUCCUCGCUUCUCGCCGCAGCAAUCCUCCUCCUCGCAAACCCUUUCACUCUCCUCUCCCAGGCACAAACAUCGUCUGUACCUCUCACCGUCUCAGGUCCCGCCUUUGCCAGGACCGCCACACGUCUCUACGUCCUGGGGGGUCAAUACGCCACUAUCAAUUAUGGCCAAUUCUUCUCGCUCGACCUCGCCAACUCCUGGAACAGCACCACCCCCCUCUGGACGCAGCUCAAUGAUGGACCCCAGCAAACCAUUUUCCCCGCUGUUUUCUCCGCAGACCAAAAGACCAUGGUUACCUUCCAUUCGGGCAACUCAGCCUUUGCCUAUCAUUAUUCUGUUGUUACUGGUCAAUGGACUCGAGCGACAGUGCAGGCACAGUACGGAGACUAUCAGGGUAUCGGCGCGGUGACAGACCCUAACACUGGGUUGGUCUAUCUUGCGGGUGGGUACACAUCCGCCGACCGCAACUCGAUGAACGUUUAUAACUUUGUGACGGAUACGAUAGUUUGUGCCCUCGACUUCAGCGUGGUCCACAUUGGAAGGCUGUCCAACAACACAUUCAGUGGCGAAAUCUUUAUUUUUGACACUGUCAGCCAGACCUGGAGACAGGGCUUGACCGGCCCUCCUAGACUUUACACAGCCUGCACCAUUGCCGGUACCCAGCUCUUGGUCUGGGGAGGAGUGGACUCGACAAACACGGCCGCGCCUGCGGCGGUUUUGAUCUACGACCUGAACAACAACGCGUGGAUCACACAAUACACUCCUCCAGCAUCUUAUGUAGCUGCCAGGGCGUCCGAGACUAUCUCGAGCUCACCAAAUGCGACAAGCACGAGCUCACCCUCGAACGAUGGAUCAUCUUCGAGCAAUGCGGGAGCGACUGCAGGAGGAGUCGUUGCGGGUGUAGCGGUGCUCUGUGCGGGAGUGUUGUUCUUCGUCUUCCGACGACGACAACAACAGCACAAGGCCAUCCCAUUGGACACGGCGAGCGAUCAUAUGGGUAGCGAAGGGUCCGGGUGGGCGACACCGCCGCCGGCAGUUCUCCACCACUAG